GACGGUCGAAUCAUUUGCACUCGUGAUUGCUCGAAAUGGCAGCCCUCUUUCGACCGUGGCUGCCACGAGCGACGCUUGCGCUCGCCGGUCCGUCUCGGACGCCGAGCUCAUCUGCCACCUUGCUACCUGUGCUCUCCGCUCGCCGCUUGCACCUCACGCGACCCGAGCGAGCCGCCGUCUCGGGUCCCUCGCCGGACGGGCUGGAGAACUCGACUUCAGCAGCGCAAGCUUCCGGAUCUAGAGAGACCCUCGCACAAAAUGCCAGGAGCUACAAUGCUCCGCCGUCCGAGCGGCAGUCGGCCGUCCAAGCGGCCAAGGAGAGGAAGAUGCGGCAGUACGAGGCGGUGCUGAAGCAGAAGGCGGCAGAGCGUGGCCUGAAGUCUAUUGAAGAGCUCAAAGCACAAGUCAUUGCGGAAAAGGCGGCGCAAAAGCUGAGCUCAAAGCCCGCAGUCUCGUCCUCGCCGAUAGAGGAGCGAGAUGCCAAGGUUGCCGCUGAUAUUCGAGCCCGAGCAGAAGCCGAAGCGAAACGGAAGCUCGAAAGCGGCCAGCUGCAUCCGACUUCCAAUUGCAAGGGCCCCGUCAAGCCGCUGGACGAAAUCCUGAACAUCGAGAAGCUCAUGCAGGAACCGCCCGAUCGUAUCCAGCAGCUGUGGACGGGCUAUCACAUGAUGAGGAACAAGCUCUCCGCAGUCAUUCCCGUCAGCGUGUAUGAGACGCUGAUCAGCACCGCAAGACGCUAUCCGCAAUUCGUCCUGCCUUUGCCACGUACGAUCGUCGGCGGAGAGGCAUCGCAAGAUCCUCAGCAUGCAGGUGCAGAUGCAAACGCCACACAGGCGCAACAGGGCUACGAGAUGCACUUCCUCGAAUGGGGCUUCUUGCCUGCCCCCACCUCCAUCCUAUCUUCAUCACGCACAGCAGCAUCACCGUCCACCUUACCAGGCGGCGAUAAUGCAGCGCCCAAGCCUCUGCCCCCUCCGACGACGGUCCUCUUCACGCCCCUGGCGGAGUACAAGCUCCGGCAGGAGUUCGCGCAGCCGCUGCUAAUCCUGACGCACUACACCGACCUGGCGCACGCCAAGGGCCUCGUCCUCAUGCGCGGUGAGAUCACCGACGCGGACGAAGCGCAAGCGGCGGGCGCGAGCGUAAAGGACGAGGAGCGCGUGGCGCAGCCGCAUUCGCAGGGGCGCAUGACGCAGCAGGAUGCGCAGAUGCUCAGCAUAUGCAUGCAGCGCUUCUACCUCCCGGAUCUGGGCAAACGCGACGCCAAUUCCGGAGCCUACGUUGGCGCUGCUCAGCGCAGCCAGCUCCUGGAGGCUUUCCACUCGUCGCCACAGAACUUUGACGUGGAGAAACUCGUCGACGCGGCUUUCAAAUUCUGAAUCGGUUACCAAACGAUCUGAACGCGGUCUCUUUUGAGAAUUGUGAAGCUUUGAAUCCUCGAUAGGGAGCAACAAAUUUUGCCUUCAUGCGCCCUGCUUCAUACUGUCACGUCGAUAGAAUGUCCCUUUCACAUCUCAAACACAUAAAUGCCGCAUGUUCCCCAAGUGUAGCUUCAUAGUUCGGCCAUUAGAGUCAAUACGAUUGUCCAUG